UCAAAGACGGCAUCUCAAAUUAAUACAAGGCGAUGAGUCGAUUGUGGAAAAAAUCGAGUGACCCGCAGCACAGCUACCUUCGAUACUAUCGAUACUACAACCGAUAACACAGCUCCCAUGAAAAGCCAACUCAGCUGAAAGUGAACCCAUUUUUAUACACAAAAAAUAGAAGCUGCAGCGAAAUAAGUUACUUUCACCUGUCCACUGAGCCCCAAGACAAUGCAAAAUGCGGCUGGCCAACGAGAAAGCGAAAAUGCAGCCCCAGCUGAGUGACUUGGCCCUGUUCGCGGCCCUGGCGAUCUGCUGUCUUCCAACUUUGACGUGGGCCGCUCUCUCCGACAAGCGACUGUGCGCUGACCCGAAAUGUGAACAAAUCAUCUCGACGGGCAUUGCUAAGAUCAGCUAUGCUGCCGGCGGCGAGGGGCUGAUAUCCUUCAAGAUCAACUCCCCAAUCCGUGUCUUGUCCAAGAGCGCCGGCUCCAACAAGCAGCUGUGGGGCGUCGACAUCAACGGGCGGCGCGGCUAUGCCAACAAGGAGUUCAUCAUGGAGAAGAAGGUCCUGGUGCGGGAUAAGGACCUUAAGUUCGAGGUACCAGUGCUGGGACCUGGCAGUCCACCAGACCAGACUGUGGAAACGCCGCUGCAGCCCGUGCUCAACGCCUCUGAGUUAGCCGAUGACUUGGCAACGACCACAACGUCACCACUCGACGUUACCGUGGAUUCAAUAGUGGUGGAGCAGGACAAACUGAAGGAUCAGCAGGUUCCUGAUCCUACGGCUUCUUCCAAAGCCCCGGUGCAGCUGGUGGAAGGCACUGAGCUGCCCCUGGAGAUAAUCCCAGCUGUCACCGAGACCAACAUUGUUCCAGAGAAGGCAGAGGAGCCUCAAGAAGCAACAAAAUCUGAAUCCGCCUCGGCAGCUGUUGACACGAAAGAGCCACAGGCGUCUGGUACUGAGCCCAGUAAACCGCAGGAGGGAGCUACGGAAGAGCUGCCUGCCGCCGGAGCUCAGAAGCCAAGUCCACUGCCGCAGGCCAUCAACGCUGAACUUGAAGACACUGAUGAUUUUGACUACGGGGAUGACGAGGCAGACGAAGACGACAACGACGACGAUGACGACUUCAAACAAGGUACUGAUGAUAACAAAUCGAUCACAGAAAAAGCGAACGAUAAGAAGUCAAUUAACGAAUCGAUUGAACUGAGCCCGCUUUCGGUUGAGCAAAAGAACGCGACUGAUCAGUUGGAGGGCGCAAAAAUAGGGCCUGAAGAAAAGCAGGUGGAUGUGAAGGUACCGUCGCAGGAAGUAGUAAAACCCUUGGUUCCAGCCGAUCCUGAAGACAUUUUACCCACUGAGCCUCUAAGCGAGGCGUCAACAGAAAAACAGGCGGAACUGAAGGAAGCUGUCCAGGCAGAACAGGAUCCCAUCGUGGAUUCAAAGACCUUAUAUUCUCUGUCCGUGGGGAAAAUCACUGAAAAGGUGCCUGAGUCACCACUUCCCAUUGUUAAAGAUGAAGUUAAGGAGGAAACAGCUACGCUUUCUCCUGAGAUCCAAGCUGCGCCUGCAAAAGAUAACAUUGCUGACCCCGUUGUAGCUCAAUCUGAGGAGGGACCAAAAGCGCAUUCCGAGUCAGUGACCAGGUCAACUGCUCCUGCCAUAGAAGAGCCUCCGCCAAGAGCGGAAUCUGUUGGAUUACCGCCUCUUUUCGAAAAGAACAACUUUGAGAAUCCCAACGAUUACUAUAAGCAAUUGCAAGAGCAGCAGCAUAAGCAAAAAUUAAUUGAUGAGGCGGAGCAAAAGAGGUUACAGGAAGAAGCGGAUCAGCAAAAAAGGUUGCAAGAGGAAGCUGAGCAGCAGAAAAGGUUACAAGAGGAAGCAGAGCAGCAAAAGAGAUUGCAGGAGGAAUCAGAGCUGAAAAGAUUACAAGAGGAAGAAGAGCAGCUAAAAAAGUUACAAGAGGAAGAAGAGCAGCAGAAAAGGUUACAAGCGGAGGCAGAGCAGCAGAAGGGAUUGCAAGAGUUAGCAGAACAGCAGCAGCGAUCAAGUGAGGAAGCAGAGCAGUCCAAAGACGUGUUCGAUAACCCGAAUGACUACUACAAAAACCAACAGACAGAGCAUCACCAUCAUCAACCCACAGAAAGUGCCUUUAAUUACGCAUCAAGUGCAGAGCAAACCACUCCUACCCCGGAUGAUGAGUCCCCCCAUGGAGUAGUCCACGAGGAGUCCACACAGGCAUCUCCGACUGAUUAUGAACGCGCGGGAGUCGGAUCCGUGGAGCCAGUAGCUCUGCCCGCCACAGCUAGUCCCACGUCUGAGGUGCCCAUCAAAGAGGAUGGCGUAGGCGGUGGUCUCUUUGCCACUAUUGUGGACACCGUGAACAAUUUCAUCGGAAAGGAGCCACAGGCUGGCCCAUCGGAUACCAGCGAUGAGCUGCACCGAAUUCUCUAUCCAGGCAUGGCUGAGGUGGCAUCAUCUCAAAAGAAACCAGAAGACCAUGCUGCUGUCGAAGUGGAUGGUUACUGUGCUCGGUUUCAAACCAACGAUGAGCAGUGCCAUCGGUCCAUAUCUCUUGAUAACUUUGCAGAAGUAAUGGCCGGGAAAAUAGUGGAUCACAGCCAACUUUUACUUUGUGUGAUUAUUGCGGCUGCUUCCUCCCUGUUCUUUAUGUUUGGCUACUACUGCUUCUGCAAUAGCAGCCGGGAGGGAGCCCUUCUCGCGAAACUGAACCACUUGGAGCGCAGUUUGCUGGCCUCCCACCAGGAGAACGUGAUCAUUACGCACGAGCUUACGACCGCGCGAACCAAGUUGGCCGGCAUAGAGGACAACUCCUUUGGCUCCAACGACAUGGUCGCUGACCUUAAGAAGCAGCUGGAAUCGGAGCUUUAUGAGAAGGCCAAGCUGCAGGAGCAAGUUAGCUCGCUGGAAAGGGAUCUGGAUAACGCCGCUGAGGCUGGCUUGGAGCUGAAUAAAAUGCUGUCGGAGGUGCUGAGCAGCCAGAAUGGCGAUGAGGCCUUCAUGAACACCGUUGAUGAACUGCAGCGGCAGCUUAAUGAGCAAGAAAAAAUCAUCAUCGAGAUCAACUCGAGUCUGGCGGAGAAGAGUCGCGAGAACAGCGAACUGCAAUACUCCUUUACGGAGGCCACUACGCGCCUCACCAGCGAACUAAAGGCCUUGCAAGAGGACAACUACGAGUUGGAUAUAGAAAAGUCAAAGCUGCAAUCACGUCUCGAGGAAAUCCAGGCCGAGACCGAGUUGGAGUUGGCCAAGGCCCUGGAGGCACGCAAUUACGAAAUGCAAAAGUUACAAAACCAAAUUCUCGAUUUGACCGCCAAGUGGGAGCGGGAACACGGCGAUCUGCAGACCAGUCUGGCGAAGAUCGAAGCGCUCGAGGAUUGCCUAAAGGCAGUCAAGAAGGAUGCCAACUUCAAUAUCCAGGAACUGAUCACCUCAGCGAAGACGCGCGGAGAGCUAAACGCAGCCCAUAAAAAGUUCGUCGAGCUGCAGGCAAAGGUGGAGCAGGAAGUUGCCCAUAGGCAGCGGCUGGAGAGCCAGCUGCAGCAGUCAUGUUCAGAUGUGGAGCAGCUGAAGCAGGACUUCAACCAAUCAGAGCGCGACAAGUUGGAAGCCCAGACGCGCCUCGAAGUCCUGUCGGGUUACUUCCGCGAGAAGGAGAACGAGCUUAAGAAAGAACUGAGUCUGCAGGAGACCAAAUGGCUGCAACAUCAGGGGGAGAAUGCCAGCACAGUGGAGACCCAGACGCUUAUGAAGAAUGAAAUUCAAACUCUCAAAUCUCAGAACGAUGAGCUGCGAGCCGAGAUCGAGGCACAGAUAGCCUCACACAAGGCCCAGAUGGGCACGCUGGAGAACCGCGCUCAUGAGUCCUGGCUGGCGGCGCGCCAGUCCGAGCGCCGUUGCGAAGAGGCGCUGGCCGAGGCCGCCGGCCUGAGGCGCAAGCUGACUACCAUGGCCAGCGGAGGAGGCGUUGCCGGUGAUCCUGGCGUCAUGGAGGCCAUCGUGGCCAACGGAGCGCCUGUCCUGGGCGCGGAAUUGAAGACGGCUCCGUCGCCGCUUCCCUUGCCGGGUUCACCACUGCUGAACAUGCCAAAUCCACUGCCAUUCCUGGCGGCACCCUUCUCUCCGUUCAUGGGUCUGCCGCCGCCAUUCCUGCCGCCCACUGCAGCGGGCGGGGCACGUCCUCCGCCUCUGGGACGCAUGCGUUCGCCCCCGCCAUCGAGCCGAGGCGAUCGGGAUCGAGACCGGUACUCGGACUACAGCGACUACGAUGACUACGACGACGAUGAUGAGGACGAGAGGGGUGUGGACCGUCGCCGCCGGCACAGCGGAAGCUGGGGUCGCCGCCAUCGUGACUCCUACAACCACUCGCCGCGCACAUAUCGCUCGCUAUCCCCAUCGGACAGUCGCUACAACUACAACGACACGGAGACGGACUUCAGUCCACCGCCGAGUCCUCCGCCAAUUUUGUCGGGACGAAGCGCGAACUCGCGACCCUACAGCGAGGUCUGAGGGAAGGGGUUCUUCCGUGUAACCAAGUCCUACCAAGUAUAUUAGACUCAAAACUAGUUCAAAUAUAUUUAUUAAUCAUGAUUAUCGAAAGGUCGGGUCGGGGCGGGUUGGGUCGGCCUAUCAAAGCGAUUCCGCUAACAGGGAUCUCAGGAGAAUCCAUCAACAUCAACGACUAAGAAAACUCCUGACUGAAUGGUGAUUGAUAUCCAAGAAAAUUCAAAGAAAUUAAACAAUUACAAAAACCCAAA